GUCUCCCGGCCGCCGGCUCGGCCGCUGCCAUGCGUGUGUUUGUCACCCCCCUCAAGCGUGGAGGCUCGGGCCGUGCCCCUGCGUCCCGGUUAUCUGGGGCAUAAACAUCUUGCGGCAAGGAAAGCCUCUUUAUCUCCCUGGAGAGCCCACCGCUCCGCAGACUGCUUCCCCAUAGAGUGACCUGGACGCCAUUAUAGUGACAGGAUGGGAUGUCUCUGAAGGGGCCUCUACAAAUUAUUCUGCUGACAUGUCAUGGUCCAGUUACUCCUGGUGGCAUACAGCUGCGAAAGCACUCGCUGGGGUGGUGGGCUGGCCCUACACGGGCCAAGUGCUGCUCCCUCACAGGAGUGGGUAGAUGAGCAGCCCUGCACCACUCCUUGCUACAGCAUGGGAGCUGUGUUCUCGAGGCAUGAUCCAUCGUGCUGAAGACCUUAAUGUGACUUAAAAGACUUGGCGACUAGAAGAGAGCAUAGCUGAUGGGCUGGUGCAUGAGGAGGGUUAUCCCAUGGGAUGCUGUAUUUACCAGAUGGAGUACAGCUUAAUUGCUUGUCUGUGAGUUGGCUGUGAUUUAAUGCUCCAAGCCAACCUCAAGAAACCGGGACAGGAAGGCUUUGGGUAGCUUUUGGAGACUUACAUCUUCCUGAUGGUCACUGUCCUAUCCUCUCGAAGAUUUGCCUGUGCCUUUUGCAACUUUAAGGUACAUCAGCCUCAUGGGACAGACCUUCCCUGAACUUGCCAGAAAUUGCUCUGUCUUGUGUUACGUGUUUGAAGAAUGUCAGCCCUGGGUUUAACUGUGUCUGUCUACCUUCUCCCCAGCCUUCCUGGAGGUACUGGAGAAAGUAGGAGCUGCUUUGUCCCAGCUCUUGGGUCCACCAGCGUGUCCUGUAAAAAGCAUACCACCUACAUGCAUGGGAACCUUCAGAGCCUGUUACUGAAUCUAGGUGCUGGCCUAGUUACCUGCAUGGCAUCCAACCAACGGGUUACCAAAACUUGCUUUGCAAGCUCCUCUGUGUCCAGACAUCCUUUUGGGGUUCUCACAUCCAACUGUGUCAUCAGGACUUUCUUCCCUGCCAAAAACAGAACCAAAAUCUUCUGUAUGCUUACUCUUGAAGCUGUAUAGGACCAGAAGCUGAUUUAAGGAGAGAAACAGAAAAGCCUUUAUUGCCUGUGGAAGGAGAAGCAAGAUUUGUAUGCUUUGAAAAGAUCUACUGUAGUUUUCUGCCACUUAAUGCUAACAGGAAAAACAAUCAAACAAAAAAACCCCAGCCCAUCUGCUUGAGGAGAUUCUGUUGUAAUGUAUCCAGUGGCUGUUCCUGCACCAGGGGGUGAAGGAAAUAAUGGACAACAUGGGAAACUUAUUUUUUUCCUUUUUGUUUGUGGAGCUGUGUUGCUAUGCGCUGGAUUCCUGCUUUCAGUCUUUAUUCUACAGUCAUGCCCAUCUGGAACGUUCAGUGACUGUAACGAGGUCCUUAAGGCUGCUGGGCCUGUGUUGGCUGUAAGUGGACUGGUUUGUAUUUUACUGGCACGAUCAAGGGCCAGGGUGUAUAUAAGACAAAGACAGUUGCAGAAUGAACAGGUUUACAGCCUUGUUUUCUGUCGUGGGAACUGUCAGUUUGCCCAGUUUCUCAUAUUUGGAUUCCUGUUUUUAACUAGUGGAAUGCUAAUUAGCAUCUUGGGCAUUUGGGUUCCUGGCUGCAGCCCCAGCUGGCACACCAUACAGCUCAACCACACCGGCAGUUCUGAUGUGGACCUCCAGGGCUGUGGAUUCCUGUCACUUCAAAUCAUGGGACCUUUGAUUGUGCUCACUGGGUUGUGUUUCUUCGUGAUAGCUCAUGUUAAAAAGAAACAAAACUUAAAUCUCAGCCAAGAAUCUUGCGAAAGUGAAGAACAACCUCAGAGGCCUGAACCUUUUCAGGUUACAGUAGGUGAUGCUGUAAUGAUAUUCCCACCUCCACCACCUCCUUAUUUUGCUGAUCCUGUGUCACCAACUGUAACACAUUGUCUUAUGUCAGGUGGUUUGCCUACAAGUGAAAAUCCUCCACCAUACCACUCUAUCUUCAGUGAUGGAGCACAGCUUGCAGAUGAUGAAAGAACAGUUGCUGUUAGAGACUAUGAAACCAUAUAUACAAUUUCUGGAAGCAGCUCACCUUCAGAUAUUUUACCAGUGCUAUACCUCUCCUCUGAAUCGCCUCCAAAAUAUGAAGAAAAAGCAUCAAUAACAAAUAAUGAAUAUUCUCUGUCUUCUUCGUCUAUUUCCUUAGCCACAUCUGACACCAGCUCAUAAAGGAGUCAGUUAGACUUAAUUUUUAAAUUAAAUUGUAUACUCAGAUUUACAAUUUUUGAAUUUAUUUACAUUUUAUAAUAAAACCAAUAAUGUUGGCUGUGUCUAAUUUUUCAUCAAAAAACAUAAUGAAUUUAGGUUUCAAGGAAUAUUAGAUAAUGCUGGGCUUCUUGAGCAAGUAGUCUGAAGGGAUUCAGUUCACUGUAAGAAUGUUAAAUGCUCAUCUUGUUCUGUUACAGCUUCAGUUUCUAUUUUUAGUUGUUCUUUAUAUAAUGGAGGCGCUAAGUAGAGACCAACUUUUUUUUUUAUUUUAAUUAAAUCUGUUUGGAGCUUCAAAAAGAAAUAAUUAGGAAGUGUUUUUAUUUCUAUUUUUGUAUGACUUUUGUGGAAAAUCCUGGUUUGCAAAGUUACUGACUUUAUAUGUGCUCUGAGAACAUCACAAAAAGGGAUGUUUAAGAUUGGGAGCAACUAUGUUAUGGAGAACUUAAAUGGUUAGGUUUUGGUCUGCCUGAUAACAAACACUCCAUAGCUUAAUUUAGACCCUCUCUGGUCCUUAUGUCAAGUAUAAUCCCUAGGAAAACCAGUUUUAACCAGCAGUUAAGAGCCCUAAAGCAAUACUGAGGAUAGUUAAUAGGCUAACAGUUUAACCGUGAUAAUGACUGAUUUCAGAGGGAUUAUGCAGCUGUUACAUAUAUCAUCAUUCAUGGAUUAUACAAGGAGUGCUUAUUUUGUGAGAGUGAGUACCACUCAGCAUGCUAUCUUCCAGGUGCAGACAUUACUUAUCAGCAAAUGCAAGAGAGGCAGUUUCAUGGAAAAGCAUGCAGUGGAUGUGUUUAACUGACAUAGCACUUGACAGACCCUUCAGAAAGCAGCCCUCUGGUCCUGUGUCCCUGUGCAGCCCCUAAGCAGUACCUGCCUGCCUUCAGGGUGGAAUGACAACAGGUUCUGGUUCUAUUACGCCAUUGUUUGCACCUAUUCCUGAACUGAGGGAUUUGCUUGUAGUAGGUAAGGAUAAUUGUCAGGAACUGAGUUGCUGCUAACACUUCACGACUUGCUGUGAACUCAUUUGAGAAAAAGACCUCAUUCUGUGCGCAGAUGCAGAAGGUGUCAGACCUACCGUUUUGGCUUGGUUCAGCAUGGUAAACUUAACCAGCAUUAAAAUUGCAAGAGUGAUCUCUCUCUUGUUCAACUGACACUCAACACCUGCAUGCUCUGGGACCUCAGCUACACCUCAGCUUGUCUUCUGCCUUGCUGAAUUUCAGGGAACAUGGCUGUAACAGAGUGCAAUCUUUAACUACUCGAGUUCCCUCCUGUGCCCAGGGCAAGGUGAUUGCUUCCUGUCAUCUUUCUGUGAACAUGCCUCUCACCUGCAGGGUUCUUUAGAAAGAUGUUCAGGAGCUCCUGGAUGCGGCCAUUUAUUUCUACUUCUUUGCUGUUCCCUCAGUUGUGCUAGGGCAGCCCUUUGUGCAGCCACACAAAAACAAACCCAGCCAGUGAGGAAGGUAUAUUUAGCCAGCAAUAGAGCUGAGGAGCUUAUGCGUGCAAAGUAAUGAGCAAACGCAGCACAGAGAGGGAUUUAGUAUGUGGGAGCUGAUUAAACUGGCAUGACUCAGCCAUGGGAAAUGUCUAUAUGAAGAAAGGGGAUCCACAAAAGCCAGCAGGUGUUUUGUCCUCUUUUCUCUCAAGUGUUUUUUACCUAGUGAGUUUUUCAAGGAUGCUGUUCCUUGAAUGCCUUCUGUAACCCAAGCUAUGGUUUACUUUUUUUUUUUUUUUUUUUUGAGCUUUUCUUUUUAACCCAACAGUGGUGCCCGCUGGCCUGCUUGAUGCAUGCAUACAAAGCCUUGCACAUGUCAAAGGAGCUUCUCUCUCUCUCUGGGUUUGUUGUACUAUUAUAUAGCAAGUACAAAAGCUGGGGUAUUUUACCGAAAAGAUCCUAAGCAAACAAAGACCCACAUUGGCUUUGGUUUAUUGUUUGAAUUACAAAUGAACACUCAUUUGCUGCAAAGGUUAAACAUCAGAAAGUAUUUAAACAAAUAAAUCUUGAAAUAUGUCACCAUCUU